CUCAAGCGAUCAGUUCAAAGUUGACUUCGUCGCGGACCAGAGCGGAUCGUUCUAAUUCCGACACGCGACCGUGAAUUAUAGAAUUAUCAAAUCACAGCUUGAAUUUAUUUAAAAUUUAAAAGCUAAUAAAAAGUGAAAAUAAAAUGCAGAACCAUAAGUGCUUAAUUCUAAGGUGUUUAUUUGUGGGUUUGAUCUUUAGCAAAGUUAAAGCCGAGUUGGAUUUUACCAACGAUCUUGAGAACAGCCAAAAGUUCAAAAGCUUACCGACCACAGUGAAAACCUAUGAAAAUGACACGGUCCAGCUGCCUUGCACCUUAAAUACUCCCUUCCUCUACGUCCGUUGGAAUCGAGAUGAUGUGGCUCUGGUGGAUUCCAGACACCCGGAUGUUCCGAAGCUGGAUCGCAUAAUGCUCUGGCCAAAUGGCAGUCUGCAGGUGGCCAACGUGCAGUCCAGUGACACCGGCGACUACUACUGUGAGAUGUACUCGGACUCGGGUCAUGUGGUCCAGCAGCACGCCAUUGAAGUACAGUUGGCUCCUCAGGUGCUGAUCGAGCCCUCGGAUCUCACGGAGCAGAGGAUUGGAGCCACCUUCGAGGUGGCCUGCGAGGCCCAAGGAGUUCCUCAGCCGGUAAUCACCUGGCGGAUGAACGGAAAAGUCCUGCAUCCGCAAUCCAGCACGGGCAAUCGGCAGAGUCUGCUCCUGGAGGUCAAGUCGAGGAACCAGGCGGGACUCAUUGAAUGUGUGGCCAGCAAUGGAGUGGGUGAGACGGCGGUGGCCAGCGUGUAUCUCCAUGUGCUGUUUUCGCCGGAGGUGAGCAUUCCCCAGCCGGUGGUGUACACCAAACUGGGCUCCCGGGCCCAUCUGGAGUGCAUUGUGGAGGCGGCACCGGCGGCCACCGUGAAGUGGUUCCACCACGGAGUGCCCGUUGCCCUGGGCGCCCACUCCACCAGUCACGAGUCGGAGUUGCAGGCCAAUCGAUCGGUGGACCAUUACGUCAACGCUGUGCGCCACAUGUUGGUGGUGAAGAGUGUCCGGAACGCGGACAUGGGGCAGUAUGAGUGCCGCGCCAGCAACCGGAUAAUGAGCAAGAGUGGCAACGUGGAGCUGACCGGCCGCCCGAUGCCCUGCAUCUUCAAGAUCAACCCGGGCACCCAGAGCUCCACCUCGCAUGUCCUCGUCUGGCAGACCGAGAGCCUCCUGCCUAUCAUGGAAUUCAAACUGAAGUUCCGGCAGAUUCCUUCGAAUAAUGCCACACGGCAGAUUAGAACUAACUGGACGGAGCUCACGAUCCCGGCACAGGCCACCAAUGGACUUAUUUAUAUAACAACUUACACACUACAUGGUCUUCAGCCCGCCAGUCUUUAUGAAGUUUCUGUAUUGGCCAGAAACAGUUUUGGGUGGAGCGACAAUAGCAAGAUCGUUCGAUUUGCAACAGGUGGAGAAGUUGAGUUACCAAAUUACUCGACAGAAUCGGAACUUCAGGAUGAUUUUACCGAGGAGGACUUCCACAAUGAAAUCACUCAAAGAUCAGAGGUUCUAUCGGUCAGCAUGAUGUAUAAUUCGAGUUCAAUGAAUGGAUGUGGAACAAGAGCCUUAAUAUAUUCCAUAGUUUUAAUAAAAAUAUUUCUCCUAUUGAGUUAGGUUCCCCAAUAAAUUAAACCGAUUUUGUACUGAA